AGGCGGAAGAAACCAGCCUAGUCAUGCCUGAAAACUCUUCCGAAAAGAAAAGGAAAGACGCGUUUUUUUUUCUGUUUUUCCACACCGCGCGCGCCGAGCUCUCCAGAAUAAUCUGCAGUCUAUUUCGAGCGCGCGCUGAGUAAGGCGAACCACGCUCCCCUUGCGAUGGUCCCAACACUGAGCUGCACGCCUGUAAAUAAAAUAAUAAAACAACUUUCGCGCUUUUAGACGCACAAAAUGGAGUCUGGUAGGCAGGAAGAACGUGACAGGAUCGAGCAGGAGAUUCAGGACGACGGGACAGAGGCUAGAAACAUCGACGACGAUGAGGUUGAGGAACUACACAACAGUUUAAAGGAAGUAGUCCAGGAUCCGGCUGUAAAGCCCAAAUUCCAGUGCCUGAUGGUGGACCCGUCGUUCUCCAUGGUGACCGUACAGAGCGAGGACAGUGGGAUUGUGUGGGAGACUGCAUCAAGCAGGUGCUCGACGCCAUGGGCCUCAGAAGCCAGCUCUCCAUCGGAUUCGUACAGCCUGGAGGGUUCGGGGACACAGGGUAAUAUAGUUAUCAUCAUGGAUGACGACAAGGUGAGGAGAAGGAAAAAAACAAGCAGCAGAGGGAAGUUGGGUGACAGGUUUCGUAGACCAGGGUCCAGAUUGUCGGGUCCUGCAAUAGGAGAGGAGAGACCUGCAAUGAUUGAAGUAUCUGUGCCAAAUAUAAGAUGUGAAGACUCAGAGGAUGGUCAAACAACAGAAGGAAAACCAGACAAGGAUCAAGAGCUAUUUAACCUGAUUUCGGAGGGUUUCGAAAUCCUCAAUAUUGUAGUACCAUCUAAACUUCCUUCCGUGGAUGAAGAAUGCAGUACAGAAUUGACAGACAAUUUGUCCUACUUGGAGGACACUCCAAAGAUCAAAACAAAAUGCAAACCUGAAAGCCUAGCUCCCACCACCAUUCCUGAGGUCAUGGUGGACAUUCAGGAAAUAAAAGAUGACAGUCAUAAAGGCUUAUCACAGACUCCUGCUAAUCAGCAGCUCAGGAAAGAUGAAACUGAUAUGGACUACUUGGAGAAAUUCACACUGCUAGAUCAACAUGCACCAGAUGACGAGUCUGAGAAGCCUGAGCCUACACAAGAUAUCGAGCAAGAGGAACCUCAGGUGCCGGAAGAAGAAAAGCUGGAGGACACAGUUGAUGAGAAUUCCUUCGUCAUUGUCAGUGAGGUCGAAAUCGCAGAUGAUCAUCUAGAUGAAGUGUUUUAUGGAGCAAGUUGCAAUGCAGAACCUGAACUUCCAUCACACCAUAAAGAAGACAAAGAACAUGCAAGUGGGAGCUUUAAAACGCUCAAAGAGUGUGGUUCCACUUUAUUUGGCAGCCAGGAGACUAUCCUUACUCCGAUUUUCCUUCCCUCUGGCCCACCCAAGAUCAUAGAUCAAGAUCUCCUUGAUGAACCAAGAGCAAUGUCGUUCCAUUACUCAGAUCUUUAUGAAGAUGCUACUGGAGAUAGAAAAAAGGAUGACGACGCCUCAGAUAUCGAAAGUGUCGUUUCCGAAAAGUCAUUUAAAAGACGUUAUUCCGAUUCAGACGAUGGAGACGGCUACCUGGAGAAAUUCAUAUUGAAAGACGACACUCCUGCGGUUGAAGAUGUACAAGAAGUUGAUCGUCCCGAGGGUGACAGAGUGAUAUGGCCACAAAAUAAAUUUGAAAUGACCGGAUGUUUAAGUCGUGUUAAGGAAGAUGAUGCUCCAGAAGAAGAGAAUGUUGGUGUCAAUCAGACGGCGUUAGAGAGCAAACAUGUUAUAAAAGAUGAAUGCCAGCCUUCAUAUUCAUCAAAGGACUGUGAAGAUUGUGAUGGACUGAAAACUGGCUGUAUGACCGUUAAAACUGUUUCAGAGACUUUAGACGCAUGUGAAGAUUGUGAUAUGAAAACUGGCUGUGCAAUCCAAAAAAUCGUCUCAUCCGAUAACCUCCCUGUUAAAAUAAACGAGGUACUUAAAACAGCAAAUCAUGAAUCAGAUAAAUCUAUAUCCAUAGAAGAUGGGAAACGAAGCGACGUUCGGGAAUUAAAGCACACAGACAAACAGGUUUCCAGACGUUUCGUGGAAGAAAAAUCGACUGAAUUGAAUGACAGACUUGAGAUUCUGCCGCAACAGCCGACAGAUGACAAAAAGGUGACUGAUAAGGCAGCUGAGCUUCAAGAAACCAUUAUUAUUACCAAGGAAGAAGCACUAAACAAGGAUCAGCAAGUUACAACUACAACACAAGACAUAAGUAAACCGAAUUUAGUGAAGGAUAUACAUGUAAAAGAUACGUCAGAAACAACUACAUCUGAAGAAACCAGUCAAAAAAAGGUGUGUGACCCAGAGAAAUCUGAAGAUGUGACCAAGCACUCUGGGGAAAAAAUGACAGUCCCUGAACCUGAAUAUCAAGUGAAAGUUAGUAAAGCAAUACUGGAAAGCAAAUCUGAAGUCCUCCAGAGUAGGAAGAUACCUGCUCUAGAGGAAGACCUGAGAGAUACCUCAGUCCAGUUCAUUUUACCUGAAAGUGGGAAGCAGGAGCAAGUCACUGACAAAACUAUGGUACCAGAGGUGGAAGGCCACAGUACAAGAGAAGCUGAAAGCAGUGAAGUCGAAACUGAUUUUAAAACUAUAAGUGAACAGAAGGUUUUGGAGGAGUUACCGGUAAGUGAAGCAGAUACAACUGAAGUGAAAGGUGAAGAAAUCAAGCUACAAGAACAGACUGAGAAAGACACAGUGCCAGUGUUUGAUAGGAAGACUUCAGUUACAGACAGGGGAACAAUAGAGAACACAGAAACAGUAGAUUCCGCCUCGGCUGUGGAAAGUCUAAAUAAUGUAGCUAAGUGUGUCUUUCCACCGGAGAAGAAAGAGGGUGAGUUGGGGGAAAUGGAGAAAUACUCAGAGAUACCAACAGGUUAUGAUCAAAUCCUCGAGAUCUCAGGCGAAACCAAAGAGGCUGAACGUGAUGCUGUAACACUAACACAAGAAAUUCCUGUAGCAUGUCCUUCUGCUCCAGAAAUCACAGAAAGAAAUCUGACAGCAGCAGUGGUUGAUGAGGAAGAGAACCUAGAGCUGGCUCAUGUUUUAAAUGACUCACAUGCUGAGAUUAAGAUGAUUUCACUCAUUCCUGCUACGGAAACUGAUGACUCAUCCAAAGUUACUGUGCCACCACCUGUAAUAAAGGGAGAAGACAGUGAGAUAAAGGAUGUAGCAAUAGACAGAAGUAACUUAGAGACCACUGCUGAGGCCCUUAAGCCUGUAUAUACAGUACCUGCAGAUGGUGUCUCUAAAGUGUCGGUACAAGUGGUAGAGGGAAAAAAUGAAGGUAAAUCGAAAAAAAUACUUCUAAAGGACACACGCAAAGAAGAGUCAUGGAGAACUCUGGAGCCUGCAAGUCCUUCCCCUCCAGUGGAGAUACAGAACUCAAUGAGGAUUUCACCUUUAGAAGAAGUAGAAUACAUUAAAGAGAAUGAUAACUUUGCCGUGGAUCGAAACAUAAAACGGGACAAAGGCCCCUUUUCAACUUUACGGAGUUUCAGUCCACUGGAAGAUCUCUCUGGGUUUGGCCGUGAUUCGGCAGAGCCUGAUUUGCGAAAGGAACUGUACGAGGAGCUGGAUUAUGAGAUGGUCACCGAGCAAGAUGCAAGACACUCAGAGAGUGAAGUAACUGUAGGUAAAGAAAGAGAUCAGGAACGUGGCCAGGAUCAAUCUCCAGAGCCAACAAUUGAGGCAGACUAUGAGUUUAUUGAGGAUUUGGAUGGCACCCAAAUAUCAGAGAUCAGGCAAUUGAAGGAAAAAGGGGCAAUUCAGCCAAUGGAUGCAUUCUGCCUCGUCUGCCGUUGCCCAAUAUUAAUGACUGAUGGCGGCCAUGAAAAUCAUGAAGUGUCAACGUUGGAAAAAGCAUUUGAAGACAUUAAGAAUCAGCUGAGUAACUGGAUAUCAGUUUUACAAGAAAGAUCGGAAAAUACUGAAGAUAUGGUAUCCGAACUCGAGCUGGCGUACAACUCUGUGGAGGAACAAUGCAAGGACGGCGAGAAAGCCCUGGAUGAACAGAAUGAGGAGAUGAUGAAGCUGGUGAUGGAGCGGUAUAAUGAAAUGUCUCAAACUAUGGAGGAGGAGAAAAAGGCCAGACUCGAGCAGCUUUACGAUCAAAUUGUGUCUUUCCAAGAGAACACUGACUCAGCCAAAGAGACGAUGGAGACGGCAACAAAAGAGAUGGAAGAGGCUGAUGAGUUAGCGUUUUUGUCGUCAUACAGAGACAUUGAUAUGAGGUUACAAACAGCUUUAGACUCAGCCAUGUCUCUAGAGCUUGGCCCACGAGGUUUGCUCGUGUUUGAAGAUUAUGCCAAAGGCACCACAGGAAACGAGAAGAAAAACCGUCAAGUGAUUCCAGUGCCCCAGCAACCCCAUCUUCAGCCGCAGGAGGCUAAUUCUGCCACAGGCACCUCCGUCACAGUGUACUGGACAGUGAACGAAGGAGACAUCAUCGACUGUUUCCAAGUCUACUGCAUGGAAGAACCUCAAGGAGCCGUCUCGGAGGAGUACAGGGUGACAGUGAAGGAGAGUCAUUGUAAUCUAGAAGAGCUGGAGCCAGAUAAGUGCUAUAAGGUGUGGGUGAUGGCAGUGAACUACACGGGAUGCAGCCUGCCCAGUGAGAGACUUUCUUUCAGAACAGCCCCAUCUGUUCCAGUGAUUAACCCAGACGCCUGUACAGUGUUGUGGGACUCUGCUACAAUCCGCUGGAGCUCAUCCCAGCCCAGUUCUGCGGAGAACUUCACUCUAGAGUACUGCCGCCAGUACGCACUGGAGGGAGAGGGCCUCAGGUCUGUGUCUGGGAUAAAAGGCUGUGAGCACAAGGUCCUCCUGCAGCCCAAUGAGAACUUCCUCUUUUACAUCAAAUCAGUGAACAGUGCAGGAGCCAGUGACCAGAGCGAAGCAGCUCUCAUCUCCACACGAGGUACCAGGUUCCACUUACUGAGUGAAACAGCUCAUAUGGCACUUAAGGUUUCCGAGGACAAGAACUCUGUGAAGUAUCCGGUGGAAAACUACAAUAAGAUGUCCGAACUUAUCGAAUGUCCAGCAGUGAGAGGCGAGCUGCUACCUCGUGUUGGAUGUCACUACUGGGAAACCGUGGUGGUUGGCUGUAAAGCCUACCGCAUUGGUGUUGCUUAUCAUACAGAACCACAAGACAGCACAGUGGGUGACAGCAGCACCUCCUGGUGUCUGCACUGUGUACCCACAUCCAUCAGCUGUAGGUUCGAGCUGCUCCAUGACAGCGUGGAAUCGGACAUCUUUGUGACGGAAGUUCCUGCUCGUAUCGGCACUCUACUGGACUUCACACAGGGCCGCUUGGUCUUCUUCAACGCUCAGAAUGGCCAGUGUCUGGGCUCGUUCCAGCACGCCUUCAGCCAGCCCUGCUACCCCGUAUUUACCCUGGAGAGACCUGGUAACCUGGAGCUUAAAAUGACCAUGGAGGUCCCAGAGAUUGCCAAACACUGGUAGCUCAGAUAAAGAUGGAUUUCUGGAGAAUCCAUCUUUAUCUUCUUGGCCUUUGGGAUCUGCAAUUUGAUAAGACUGUGUGUGUUUCAUAUUUAUUAGGUUCUUGGAAAGAAAUUUGAAAUUUCAGGCUCAAGUAAGUGUGAUUCUUCUCUCUUUGUAUAUGAUAUACAGUAUGUUUUUUUUUUUUUUAAAGGAAUAUUCCAGCAUUUUCCAACCUAAUCUCUAUCUAACACGUAGAAUUUUGAUGAUUCCCUGUACUGGGACAAGAAUGGAAAACUGAUUGCUUGGAAUAAACUGUAAUCUUUAGGGUUAAUUUAUUUAUUGUAUUGACAAAAAACAAACAAAAACGAAACCCCUUUUUUAGUUAAAAAAAAAACAAAAAAAAAAACACCUCACUUAUAAUAGAAGCCUAAGGGCACUUGUUAAAUCCUAUCAAUAAUAUGCAAAUAUUUAAAGCGUAUAUUUAUUAUUACAUAACAUUUAAAGUUCAAAACAUGAGAGAAUAUCAUACCAAAGCUGUUGUUACGGAAUUGAAUCCAAGGUUCAAGCACAGGAGUAAUGCCGCACAAACCAAUUCUGGUGACUUUUGUUUUGUCGUAUGUAUCCAUGCAGGUGGAAAGUCCGUACUCAUUUCUGUACAGAUCAUUGAAGCUAACUGUUCCAUACAGAUUUAGAUCUACUUGACAACAAACCUUUGAAGAAGUCACUAAAAUGGCGUGCAAAAAGUUUAGACACUCAGACUUCUACUAUAAAUGAGUAAAUAAAUUUAAAAAAGUUUUCUGUUCUUUUCUCAGUGCAGGAAAUGAGUCCGGGGGGUAAUAACACAUUUACACAUUAACACAAACAGCUGAUUGAGAUUAGGUUAAAAAAGUCAUACAGUGGAGUAUUCCUUUAACGUAAAGAUGUCUUUUAAAAGGGAAUUUAUUUGAAAUAGUUUUUCCAUUUUGUUUUGGUGGUUAAUGCGGCUUCUAGGUUUGUAAAUAUGGAAAUGGUGAAUGCACACUAUUUAUUCAAUCACGUAAUAACCAGUAGGGUAAUGUACUAAAAGCAGUGGAGUAUAGAGUGUAUGCUAUGAGAAUACCAUGCUGGAGUAUAGUGUAGUUGUAUAGUAUAUACUUCUCCAGGAUUUUCAACAGAUUUGAUUGCAGUUGAUAUCGUUUACUUUUAUCACUCGAGAUCAUUUCCCUGCACUGUUCACAUCCGAGCCGACCAGCAGGUGGUGCUGUAGUCUCGUGCAGUUUUCAGAGAUUUCAUCUAUUUUUUUUUUUCUCCCCUUCUGCUCUGUUCAGGGGAAAUUUCUCACUUGCUAAUUAAAUACUGAAGGUCAUGGAGUGAA